AUGGAGAGCUUGGCUCAGUUGGAUGCACUUUGUGAACGGCUUUACAAUUCUCAGGAUUCUGCUGAACGAGCACAUGCAGAGAGCAUGCUGAAAUGUUUCUCUCUGAAUACGGAUUACAUUUCUCAGUGCCAGUAUAUUCUGGAUAACUCUCCAAGCCCGUAUGCUUUGAUGAUGGCUAGUUCAAGCUUGUUGAAGCAAGUCACAGAACACACACUAUCUCUGCAGCUACGACUGGACAUCCGUAAUGCUCCUAUUUAACCUGCAUAAACUGCAUCUCUAUAGAUAGAUAUUAUGCUUGGAAACUUUUUCUUAAUAUGCAAUUUUCUUAGUUUGGGUAGGAAGAUGUUUGAUUUGUCAGACUAUCAUUUCACUUGAAUUGAUUUUUUGUAAUUUUCAUGAAGGGAACUAUGUGAUAACCUAUCUAGCCAAUCGAGGACGUGAUUUGCAAACCUUUGUAGCUGGUUCACUGAUCCAACUGUUUUGUCGAAUUACAAAAUUCAGUUGGUUUGAUGAUGACAGAUUCAGAGAUGUUGUUAAAGAGCUGAUGAGCUUCCUCAACCAGGUGAUGUGAUGUCCAUAUUCUUUAUUUAAGCCAUUCUUAAAAUAAUGUCGUUACCGUGUAGCACAGUCACAUUAAUCACUUGCAUGUACUGCUUGUUUUAUGAUGCCUUUAUUUAUGCUUUAAAACUUUUUUUUGGUUCAUUCCGUUUAUAUUUAUGUUUUCUCAAGGAUUUCUUUGACAUUAUGCCAUUUCAAAUUUUUGUAUUGAAUGACAUUUACUCCCAAGGGAAUGCACGCUUCUGGUGUCUUCACCUCCAAGAAAUGUUGUUGUUGAUUUUAUGUUUCAGAGAGAGCACAUGCAAAUAAUUAGAGGUGAGGUGACUCCGGCCUCCUCAGCGUCUGGCCUGAGUGGAAAAUUGACCUGAGGGCCUUAACUUGUGGCAGAAGACUGACUCAAAACUAUGCAUGCUAACCACGCAAGUUUUAAAUAUUUUUAUUGCCUAACUUAAGCAGUCAGGUGACACCAAACUGUCAUAUGGUUCCUCUUGGUAAAAAGAAAAACUGCUACACUUUGUUUUGUUCAUACAACAGCCCAUUUAGGUGCAAACACGUCUUAUUUUGUUUUUUGUCACCUGAACCAAUUCUUCAUCCUGUUUCUAGAAAAAUAAUGCCGAUGUAUUAUGAUUCUUUUUGAAAUAGGGCCUAUUGAAUUUAGAGAGAAUGGAGAGUGCGGUAUUUAUUUUGUAUAUGGACAGUGUACAGAGUUUUCCUUAAAAAUGUGCAUCUAGAGGUUUUGGACUAAUUAAUUCUGUUUAGAAAAUGUGAGUUCAGAGAGAAUGGAGAAUGCCUCUCUUUUUACUGACUUUCAAGCUCUUCUGAUAUAGAACUUGAGAUUUUUCCUCACUAAGUUAUGGAAACGUGAUCCUUAAACCUCUUGCGUUGUAAACAUUUUAGAAAUGUUGCCGUGAAACCUCUUAAAUGGCAGCAUGUUUUCCUGCUGAACCCCUGUGUCAGUGUAGGGCUGAUCUUUAUUCUUUUACUAUUGCUCCUCUAAUUGUGUGUCCUCUUUCAUUUUGUCGUUGUUGUCAUAGAUCUUUCUUUCGAUGAAAUUUUAUCCCUUAGGUGUAUACAAAAUUUAUAAUUGAUAUUUUAAUGUAGUCUCAUUCGUGAGCUUGUUAGUGCUGGUGUCAUACUAUGGUACAGACAAUAUAAUUGUGUUAUUAUGGCGAUAUGACAUUUAGCUAUUCAACUUAGGUUCUAACCAGAUGCUUAAUUGUCCCUAAUCUUAUCGAGUAUUCAUUUCAGCCUUGACUGCAUACUAACCUUUGAUGCUUUCAACUGAAACUAUAGUUGUCAAAGAACAUGAGGUAUGCAAUGGUGGGGUCUGAAUCAUGUAUCUGCUUCUUAUGUUAGGUGUUUCGCAUGUAUUGACUUUCUUGGACUGGGGAAGGGAUGUUAAGUCAUUUGUUGGGAAAGACUGAUACACUUGUGGAUAUAAACUAGGGGUUCAGUUUUCGAUUGCCCAUUUUGGCCUGGGGGGCGAGUGUUAGUUACUAUAAUCCAUUUUUCCUUCUUCUGUAGCCUUGUAUGCAUGACAUUGUCUUCAUUGUGAAUUAUUGCUGAAUAUGACCAUUCUGCUUCAGUCUACUCUUUAUACCUUUAAAGAGACAGUAGUAGCCCCUAUUUUUCUUGUCUUUGAGACUCAUCGGUGCAGACUGGGCUAAGUUUCUGUGUUAUUUAGACCGUUUUACCGUGUGAUGUCGUAUCAUAGGUCCCCAACGAUGUAGUGGUUUUGUAUCAUGUAACAUUGUUUUUUCUACACACGCCAUAUCUCCUAGUUUGGAUUUAAUUUGUCUAAUGGGUUAGGCCACAUGCAGAAAUUAAUUUUGAUUUUCGUUACCAUUUUGCUUAUACCACCCUUUACCUAUUCUUCAUGUAGGUUUAUUGCUAAUUUUGUUGAUUCAUCGUCUUGUUUUCAAUGGAAGUCGUAGCUCCUUACAUUAUGUUAACUUUUCGCACGGAUGUCCUUCAUCUCUAGUUUACUUUAAUGGGUGCUCAGGUUUAAAUUGCGUUCCUGAAAUUUGACAUUUUUUAUGGUGAUGGUACUGUUUGUGAAUUUUCUAACGUCUAUUUUCUACAUUGAAUAGGGGACACCGGAUCAUUAUUCCAUUGGUUUGAAGUUGUUGAAUCAGCUCGUGUCUGAAAUGAAUCAGGUUUACCGUACAACUUAUCAUGUUACAUGUAGUUCAUGCUCAAUUUUCAUUCGUACUUAAUUUAGUUAUACCAUCCAAUCAAAAUCUUCUGUCCAUCGUCGGUCCUGGUCAGUGAUAAUCAGCGCAUGAUUUAGCUUGUGAAUGAAGUAUCUGGUUAGCCAACUUUGAUUUUAUUCCUGACGUUUUUUAUAUAUUUACUUCAUAAAGCUGCAAAAAUAUUCAUUUUUAAACCGAAUCAGGUUUUCAGUCACGUCUGGUCUAUAUGAUCCUGAUACCUCGAAUAUCUAUGUGAAAAAGCGAUGCAGUGGGGAAAAAAAUCUACUUUCAGAUAUCUGUUCAUGGACAAAUACCCUGUUAUUUUUUGAAAGUUCCAUGCGAUGUUAGGUCUUUUUGUUAAUAGAUUUUACUGGCAGUAUAAAUGCGAAUCUUUCUUAGUACUUCGCUUCUGGUAUGCCAUUGAUCAUUUUUAAGUGCUCUCUCGCACUCUUUUGUGUUUUACUAUUGUUGAGCUGUAGCUUUAUUUUUUCGCUCAAAUAUGAACUAUGCUUCUGAUUGUUAUUUGUUAACCUCAGAGAUGAGACUGUUUUUCCUGAUUCUUGAAUUUUUCAGCCUACCUCUGGACUGCCUCUGACACAACAUAGGAGGGCUGCCUGCUCUUUUAGGGAUCAGUCACUUUAUCAUAUUUUCCAGAUAUCAUUGACAUCAUUACGCCAUCUAAAAGACGAUGGUAACUAUACCUUUGCUUUUGCUAACAUUUAUCCUGAAUGGAUGAGGCUGAAUAUUUGUUAAAAUUGUUAGGGGCUUUGGCUAACAUAGCUUUGCUUGUGUACAGUUUCAAGCAUGUUGAAGGAACUGGCUCUCUCACUUUCAUUGAAGUGUCUAUCUUUUGAUUUUAUUGGGACAUCCUUGGACGAAAGUUCAGAUGAGUUUGGUACAGUGCAGGUACAAAGGCAUCGAAAAUAUUCUUAUGAUUACGAAGAUAUGAAUUUUCAAUUUCUAGGUGUCAUGUUUCAUUUGGUGUUUCUUUUUAGUAAUGCCUGGUUUACAUCUCCACAGAUUCCAUCCGCUUGGAGGGCUUUAUUAGAAGACCCUUCUACUCUUCAAAUCUUCUUUGACUACUAUGGAAUUACUGAACCACCCCUCUCAAAAGAGGUAAGCACUUGCAAACUAUUCUUGUAACCCUAUUCGCCGUUUUUAUUUAAUAAUUUUUUGUUGCAUUCCUAAUACCCUGUUACCUUUACUUAUAGAGGUUCCUUUCUAAGAGUGGUUUCUGUGGGAAGAUGAUUCAAAUUGCUUACAUUUGUACUUCGUAUCGUGUUGUUGUUCUUUCUUGUCUUUUAUAUGUUCCAAUCAUGAUUGUUCUUCUAAAUUAUGAGCUAACUGAUCCGUAUUUCUCGGUGGAAGGCGAAGUUUGUAGAUGAUCUGAAGGAGCCCCCCUUUCAUUUUAAGUUUCCAGUUACUGGCUUUGGUAUUGAUAUCAACUGUGUUAAGAAGACUGCAGAAAAACGAAAGAAAACUUUUUGGUUAUGACAUUGUCCACGGAUCUUUUCUGCAUAAGGGAGUUAUCAUUGUUUUACGCAUAAAUAUAAUUACAAGUAUUUGUGGUGUUUAGGAAUGUUUAUGGGUUAUCUUUUAAUGAUAUCAAUUAGUCUUAUGAAGAGCUCCAGAGACAAUACUUGCGUGUGGCAUUUCCCAUGAAAAAAUAUGCAAUUUUCUAUCCUUCAAAGAAUGUGGAAGCGCUCCACUCUUUCAGUUUCUACUAGUACUUGGUGCCAUAGAUAAGAAUGGCGGUGUGCACUCAACAUGAUUGUGCUCGAUGUAUCAAAGAAUUGUGUUAAAACUAGCUGCAUGGAAAGGUUCUUAUUAAUUCUUAAAUUUAUCAGUUUUUUCUAUGAACUGGACAUUAACUCAAGCUCUUUUUGAAAAUGUAAUUUCGAUCCUCUCACUCGUAGUGUGCCCAUUUGAACAAAACUAUCCGUACAUUUGUUUUUGAGUUUUUCAUUUUAAAACUGUUAUGCAAUUUAACUUCCAUUGAGUUCUAACAGAUGUUUCAUGAGAUGAUGACGUUCUGUACUCUAUUUUUUUGAAGUUUUACUCCUAUAUGUGAGACAACCAAUUCCAAGUCUCUGGGUCAGUUGCCCUGGAACUGGAAUUUUUUGCUGUGAACACAGGGAACUGCAAAUUCAACAUAUUUCUUUUAUAUUUUCAGGCUCUUGGUUGCUUGGUACGCCUGGCUUCUGUUAGAAGAUCCUUGUUCACAGAUGAUGCAGCACGGUCAAGAUUCCUAGCACAUUUAAUGUCAGGAACCAAAGAAAUAUUGCAAAAAGGCCAAGGUUCUUUUUGAUCAUUUAUUCUGUUUGCUGAGUCAAAGUUGACAGUUUUUGAGAUAUAGUGAAUGUACAUCUCACUUAAGCUUCUGUAUUCUUUCUGAAGAAGCUAAUUAAUUCGGUGAAGAGAAUCGUGAAACAGAAAAUCAAUUACUAGAAAUGACAGUGGUUUUUCAAAGAAUAAAUUCCCUUUGUAAUGUCAAUGAUUGAAGGAAAAAAUCGUAAGCUUGCUAAGGUUUUCUUUAAUAUUCGGAAAUCAUUACAAUACUUUUGGUGUUUUCCUGUUUUUUCUGCAUCUUAAAUUUCUUCUCUUUGUCGUUUAGAAUCCUGCUGACAACUUUGGUGGAGAUCUUUCUGAAUCAGAUCGACCAAACCCUUUAGCUUUGCAGAGGACAAAUUUUUGAGUGAUAGACUCACUCUGAGAUGAUAUUCAUAUUUUUCUUCUUCUCGUAUGAAUCUCUCCUUUCUUUUUCGUUGGUUGUUAGUUUGGUGGCAAACCUUGGUGAAUGAUUAUCUCUGGUCCUUGGAUCCCUGUUAUAUGAAGGUGGUGCACUCUUCUCAGAAUGGAAAAAGUUUCAUCACUAGACUUGUAUCCAGUUAGGCCUCGGAAUUGUCAAAAUUUGAUAGGGAGGAGACAAAUGAGGGAAUAAAGAUUCCUUGUGGAUCGAACUCAUUGUGUCACAUAAAAGAUGCCUUUGAAUGGCUUUUGAGGAGGGUCUGGGAAUCUGCCUUACAUUUUUGUUCAGGUUCAAUGCACAAUCUCCCUGAAGGCAUUUUGGUGAGGUUGAGAGAGAAGACUGCGUUUUUCUGUCCCUAGGAAACUAGGGAUUGUACUGCAUGUGGAGCAUUGUUGAUCGGUAUGAUUAAAUUAUUGAUGUCUGAUUUUGGAAUGUAUCAAUUGGAAACAUCUGCAAGUUGUCAUUUUUAAGUAAAGUGAUAGUAAAAAUAUUGUCUAGUUGUUUGCUUAGAUUAAAUGUUUAUCGGAAUGAGGGAAGGGUACAUCACCGUUUGAUCUAUUCCUCUAUCAUGUACAUUUAUAUCAUGGUUAACCUUUGAGUUUCUUUUGGUGAAAUCUUUUGCUAAGUGCUUCGUAUACUCGAGGCUUUAUUAUUCUAUGAUUGAUCUUAAGAAGAAUAUUUGUUGUAUUUCUCCGGGACUCAUUUGGCGUGCACCCAAGUCAUGUCCAUUAUCACUUUUUCCUUUAAUUGAUUGUAGUGCUCUCUACUUUAAAACUAUCACAUGCCAUUCCCGACGGGCUGAAAUUACAGUUUCAAUGUUUAAAUUUUUCAGGACUUUCUGACCAUGAUAAUUACCAUGAAUGUUGCCGUCUUUUGGGACGUUUUAAGGUGAACUAUCAGGUAAAUUUAUUUUCCUUUUUCCGAUGGUCAUUUUUUUGUUUCGAAAUGUAUAGAACCUUUUUUGUAUUCUUCUCAAUCAUCUCUAUACUAAAAACAAGAGUCUGUUUCCCCCCCUUUUCUCCCAUCAAAGAAAGGGUGGUGACGGAUGUACUCCAUAUUUCGAAAGAAAACGUUUAAUUAUGAAAUGAUUCAGCAGGUGUUAACAAUGAUACCACUGUAGAGUUCCACCCAGCCAUUACCACAAUUUACAUAACUUGACUGGUUUGAAAAAGGUUAUUUAUCUAUGCUAGGGGAAAUUAUUGCUAAUCUGCGCUGGUUCUUGGAAAAGCAAUAGCUCACAUACCUUCACCUGCAAAGGUGCUGGGAAACCUGGUAAAAUGCUCUGGUUUCUGUUGCUAAAAUGGUCACCUCGACCUAUUCCUAGGCAUGGGCAUCAGCCCAUGGGAGGCGAAAAAUGGUUUGAAAAUGGAUUUUCAGGGGAACGUGGCAUAUCCUUCUACUGCUAAGGCGUGAGGAAGUUUUCUCAACAUUUGAGGCAGCCUUUUGUCUUCACUGUUAUUUUUCUUUUCUUAGUUUUAAAUCCAUCAUGCUUAAAUUAGAAAAAAUGUUUUAAAAGUUGAGAAUUUGAGUUUCAUAUGCAAAGUUAGUGGGAAAAUGAAAGAAGCGAAUGCCAAUAUAUUUUUUGGUGUUACUGUUUUCCUGAUUUUACCGGCAUCUUUUUAUAAGAUGACAGAUGUUUACAUUCGUCACCUUUUUCUCUUACUUAGCUUUGUAACGCUAUUCUCUGUAAUCUCGUGCUACUUUGGACAAGUUUAGUUUCAGUGCGUGAAAAGCAGUGUUGUGAAACGUAAAAUAAGGAGAUUUCCACCUCGUAAAAUAAUGAUAAGGUGUAGCUGGGACAGAAGGGAUUGCCACCUGUUUCAAUCUGAUUUUCCAUUGUUCUCAUUUUCGAAAAGAAAAAUUCGUUGGAACUGGUGAAACUAAAUUGGUCCUAUGUUGUUAGGGUCUGAUUUCUCGGUUGUGGCCUGAACCAAUUGAUUCAGAAAUAAAUUGAGCGGUAGUUAAUGUUCCUUUUUUCACAUUUCUAUGAGAUAUUAAAGGGCUUGUUUAGUUCAAUCAUAGGAAGCCCCAAGGGGUGUUGUUCACUGAUAAAUUGCAUUCAUGGUUCUAUCUUUUAACUUAUAGGAUGGUUGUGAAAGUAAAGUGAUCAAUCACAUGGCUGACUUUGUGAAGUUAAGUGAUAAGUCACACAGCUAACUUUUUCUAUCGAAUGCAGAAAAGUUUGUUGCUUUCUUGAUUUUCUUUUCUGCUAAAUUGUCUUUUCCUAUCGUUUAAUGCAUUAUGACUUGGUGAAUGGAAAGUCAAAAUUCUCUUGUAUAUACUCCAUAAUUCCACGGUCUUACUCUGUGGUUGCAGAUGCCUAUGCUCUUAAUGCUUCCUUUUUCUGUUCUUCUGUUCUUUUUUUAUCAUAACUAUAUUAUAUCAAGAAUAAUACUACUUGUUUGUAUGGGCAUAUGAUUGCGUAUCUAUUUGUGCAAAAGAGUAUGACAUUUUCAAGAUGGAAAUGGAGGAGUCAGUAAGCCGUGUAUUGUUUUUUUAAAUUUUCACAGCUUUCGGAACUCGUAAAUAUUGAGAUAUAUAGUGAGUGGAUACGUUUGGUGGCUGAGUUCACGGAAAAAUCACUCCAGUCUUGGCAGGUUAGGCUGGUUCUUUGGAAUUUGUCAGAUCUGAUUGCUUUCUUGCAGGAUUUUAAUAACGAACUUGCUCUUCUCUUGAGAAUCUGGUUAUUCUUUUUAAUUUUUGCAGUGGGCCAGCGGUGGCGUAUACUACCUUUUAGGGCUCUGGUCCAGAUUGGUGACCUCUGUCCCAUAUUUGAAAGGUGAUACACCAAGUCUACUAGAUGAAUCUGUUCCGACAAUUAUUGAGGGUUUUAUCAGUUCAAGAUUUGACUCUGUCCAGGUAAACUCUUGUGGCACAGUUUGAAUUCCUACAUAUUCAAAAAAUUUAAUUCGGUUUUGGCAAGUGCAGAACAUUCACAUUAGGCUUUGUUCAGGCGUGAAGCAUUUCUAGGGAUUUGAUCAUAUAUUCAUUUAGGUAGAGGGGCUGGGGCAUUUGAAAACUUAACUUUUUACAUCUACUUCCUUUGUUAUUCUUGUCGCGAGUUGCAGGCUGGAUUCCCAGACGAACUUUCUGAAAAUCCAUUAGACAAUGUGGAAGUCCUUCAGGACCAUCUUGAAAGCUUUCCUUACCUUUGCAGGUUCCAGGUUGAAUUAUUACUCUUUCAUUUUAUGUCGUCUUUUCUUCUAUAUAUGCUUUCUUGAUGAAAGGGAUUUGAUUGUUUUUGGUCUGGAUGCAACCUUUCUUUUUUAAUAUCUUUUUAUCAUUCUCCUUUCUAAGACACCUUAUUCUUGAUAAUUUUUUUAAUUCCAGUAUCAAAGAAGCAGUCUAUAUAUUAUAAAGGUCAUGGAGCCCCUUAUGCAGACAUACACAGUAUGUUCCUCUAGCAUUUUUUGGUGAUCAUUGUGGUUUUAUAUCCUUCUUGUUUAUUGUUGACUGUUUCAAGUCUUUUAAUAGUAAUAUCACUUACCAUUGUUGUCAUCAGAAAUGGGCUAGGCUUCAAUCACCUGGAGACAGUAACGAGCUAUGUAUUGUUGAAGGGCAGCUAGCAUGGAUCGUUCAUAUUAUUGCUGCUAUUCUCAAGAUGCGACAAGUUACUGGUUGCAGGUAUUAUCAUCACCUUACUUAUACUAUUAUUUUAACGGUAAAUGGAUGACCAAUAUUUAUCACUGUUUAUCUCGUUGAACCUCUUUAGUGGCAACGCGGAAUCUCAAGAAUUUAUCGAUGCAGAACUUGCGGCUCGUGUCUUACAGUUGAUUAAUGUCACAGACAGUGGACUGCACUGUCAGGUACCAGAAUCGUGAAAUAAUUUAUAGUUGUGUAUUUAGCACGCUGUUAUAGAUUAAUAAUCUUGUCAUAUUAUUGUAUGUUGUCUGAUUGUACGUCACUGUAUGAUAGUUAAAAUGAAGAUCAGAUCCUUGGCUCCCUUAGUGUUCUAUUAUUGGUCUAGGCUUUCACACUGUUUUCUCGUGUAGUAUGCCGUGCCUAUGGUUUUCUAGAAGGUUCGCAGGCCACAUUUCAGAAAAAAAUUAUAGAAUCUCUUGCAUUGCUCCACAUCUUCCCUUAUACGUCAUGGUGUCCUAUGUACAUUGACGGAACUAGUUGAUUUUAUUUUCUGAGGGGGGCAGUAAUUUCUUUAUGACAUUUAUGGAAACAAACAAUUUUUUUGUAUGUUCAAUGGGAGAUUUCACCUUGAAAUUAAACCGACCUACCUCAUUCAAUGAACCAAUUCUUGGUCAAUCUACUCUGCUUGUUUGAGUAAGUAGGGCCAAAUAAUUCAAUCGGGGUAGUUGCUGUUAUAAUUCUUAGUUGUCUGGCCUGCCUUGCUAGCUUACCUUUUAGAAAGGUCCUUUUCACCAUCAUUGUCUUUCCUUGUGUCUUGCAUGACCAGAAUCUGUUCCCGCUGAAGUACACUACUGUUUUCAGUCUGGAGCAUUGAGACUUGUAAUGAACUUUGAGUUUAACUUGUGGGAACUUCAUCUUAUUAGUAUUGAAAUGAAACCACUCUAUGAACUUUGACAUUACAUCCUGGAUAAUCUCGAAGGUUAUAGUAUGUGAUGGAAAUCCUUAGUUUCUAGUAUCUCUUAAUUGGAUCGCAAGAAUUCCAUGCAUCUUCAUGAUCCAAACUUCUUGUGAUAUGGAAACCAUACUUUUGAGCCUCGACUUAUGAAAACUUCUCUUCUAUUAGAUGAUCUUUCGGCAAUGAGAGUCUCUGAGAGGACUUCAUGCAUAGCCUCUGAUCUGUGGAAUGAGUUUUCCUGUCUAUAUUGUAUCGGAGUAUCAGAAAGUUUAAAAUUGAGUCUGAUACGGGACUUCCAUGAGUUCCGGAUUGGCAUACUCUAUCUCCAGCCAUAAAUAUUAGUUUUGUACAUUGAUCCGUAGAUCCGAAGAUUUUCUGGAUAUGAAUAAAGUGUGGUACUGAAAAUGAGAAUAUUUCCCAUAACUUUUCAACAAUGUUUUUGGUGAAGCAUAGCAAAUAUUUUUCCUUUUGCUUUUAAAUUGAAGAAAGCCAACAGUUGAGUGGAUGCCUGUUGGCCUUAAGUGAAAGCUCUUUAGGAAAUGAAAGAAAAUAAUUCAUGUUUGGAUGCAGAGAUAUUCUGAAAAAAGUAAGCAACGGCUUGAUUGUGCUAUUAUCACUUUUUUUCAACACUUCCGAAAGUCAUAUGUAGGUGAUCAAGCCAUGCUUUCAUCAAAGGUAAGAGGAUUAUCCAAAACCAACGUCAAUUAGGGGAAGUCAUUUUAUUGUUUAUAUUUAAGUUCUGUUUGUUUGGUUGCAGCAGCUAUACUCAAGACUAUCUGAACUUCUUGGACUCCAUGAUCAUCUGGUCUUGCUUAAUGUCAUAGUUGGGAAAAUUGCAACGAAUCUUAAAUGCUAUACAGAGGUGAUAGAUACCCACCUUAUUAUUUCGUUUACUUUUCUUUCUCUGUGAGGUGGUUUUAAGCUGCAUCCUGUCCAUGUAUACAGAAUGAGGAGGUUAUUGAGCACACAUUGAACCUGUUUUUUGAACUGGCAUCGGGGUCAGUUUUGAUCAUUCUGACUAUUUAUGGUCAGUAUUUCAUUUACUUUCUAUCUCUCACUAUUUAGUCUUUUUUUGCAGUUACAUGACUGGAAAGCUACUUCUCAAAUUAGAUACUGUAAAAUUUAUAAUUGGGCAUCACACUGUAAUUCCCUGUGCUCUUGUCUAGGUUUUAUUGCUUCUUUGAUGUUCUUUGAUCUAACUUCAAAUAUGUUCUUUGAUGAACAUAUUUUCAUUCUUUAUUUUAGAGAGAGCACUUCCCUUUUUUGGAGGAGUAUAGGUGCUCCCGCAGCCGGACAACCUUCUACUACACUCUCGGCUGGUUGAUCUUUAUGGAAGACAGCCCUGUAAAGUUCAAGGCAGCUAUGGAUCCAUUAUUUCAGGCAAUUCCCUACCAACAUAAUUUUUUAACGGCGCCCUCCUUGUUGCAUAUAUUUUGCCAUUUCAGGUCAUAUGACUAACGAUAAAAAAAAAUCCUGGUCAAAAUCAUCUUUCCAUAGGAAGCUAAUUUUUUACUGCGUAUUCUAGUCAGUCAAACAGGAUCUUCAGAAAUAAGUGUGUUAGUUGUCGGAAAAUGGUUGAGUUGAACCAUUUACAACUCCAAACCAGUGACAGAUUGUGUCAAAUUCUUUGCUGUCAAUCGCAUAAUUUUCUUCUUCCAAAAAUUGAUUGAAGUUAUAAAUGCAUCAUAAUGUCGUUAUGAUUAUGUGUAUGUUUCUGUACAUUUAAUCAUACGACAGUUGAAAGUAGUACCAAUAUCUCCUUGAGCAGUGUGUCAAGUGGAAUAUAAACUUGCCACCUCCCAUAUCGAAAAAACAGGGAUUUUGAGAUAGGAGGGGCACGAAUCUGGUAUUGGGGUAGUGCAUUAAGAUUUAGAAUCAUUUAUUGUGAUUAUAUAUUUUAAUUACCAUAAAUUACAUAUAUGCUUGUAAAUUUACUGAUCUGCGAUUUUUCUUCAUGUUUAACCACAUUGACCGUUCACUUAGAUUGUGUCGGAAUGGACAUAGCCUGAUCUGGCCAUCUGACACAAUUCUGGGUACCAUACUUUGGCGUCCCUAGUCCAAAUCGUGUGUUUUUUUGAAAGUGGUCCGUCUUCUCGGAUCUAACAUAAUUUAUUCCACUUGAGAGACUCCAGUUUUUAAUAUUUUGAAGAUUCUCGUGGUUAUUGUGUUCGCUUAGGAAUGUAAUUUUACUGGAGCUCUAUUCUGAUAUUACAUGUAAAUAUUUGGGGUACAUUCUUUCUCGUUUUCAUGUUCAAGGGUGAAAAUUACUGACCUGCUUGGUCUCAAAUACUAACACACUGUGAUCAAUUCCUCUAUGGGUUUGAAUGAGAUAUUAAUAUUCAGUUUUCCUGAAUAUCAUCUUUUGUCUUUAUUGUCUGAUUUGAUACCUUCUUCAAUGUGUGCAAACUUGCAGGUACUCGUUAGUCUGGAGUCGACACCUGACUCUGCAUUCCGAACCGAUGCUGUUAAGUAUGCCCUUAUUGGUCUGAUGAGGGACCUCAGAGGAAUUGCGAUGGCAACAAAUAGGUUAUCUUUUUCUUUCAUCCAAGCUGUGUAUAUACCUUCUAUAUGUAAGAUACCUUUCUGUUCCAUGUUCCAGCGUAGUACUCAUAAUUUUCUGGCUUCAGUCGCAGAACAUAUGGGCUCUUGUUUGAUUGGUUGUACCCGUCUCACAUUUCACUGCUUUUAAAAGGCAUUGCCCAUUUUACAGAUGCACCGGAGGUAUCUUAUCUCUAUAUCCAUUUUUGUUAUAAAAUCAACUAGUCUUGAUUCUUUUUAUGUUGCUGGCAGCUUUAGUUGGACUCCUAGUUUUCGUCCAUUUUGAUCCUAAAAAGGGAACUUAAUUCCACUAUUUCAUUCUGAUUUUACGAACGUUGCAAUUGUUUCAGUGAAAUGCAUUUAAACUGCUCAACAUUGCCCAGUGAGAGGCCUGCUAUGCCAAAAGCGAGAGAAACCCCAUCCCUCUCUUUCCUUUUUACGUCCCCAUGUCCCUCCCUGGAACAUUUUGCACUUUGCUUUUGAGGUCAGAACAAACAAUACUAAAAUGAAAAUUUUGGGAGUGUAGCAAAAAUGCAAAUUUCGGGAGUAUUUGCCUGCGGCCUGUAAAUCUUCUUAAUUGAGUGGUGUAAAGAUUGUGCCAAAUUGGAUGAUACUUUCCAACUAGCAAUCUUUGGUUGGAUGUAUUGUGUUAAAGUAAUGACAUGUAGUUGAGAGUUUUAUCAGAGUACUAACCAAUUAAUUUUACAGAAUAUUGGUUUCCUCAAGUGGCUCUUUUCGUUUAUAAGCCUAUGGUGAGGGUAAUGAAAGUCUGUUCCAAUUGUUAUAAAUACUUUCCAUUCUGGGAACUGGCAAGAAUGUUCUCUAUGUAUUGAUCAACUAACUUUUUACAAACAAUGUGCAAGGGUUUUUGGCUUACAACUGGAAGUUUGUGGACUAAACUUGACUCGUUGAACAUAAACUACCUCUAUCUUCACUUUCGCUUUCUCAUCAAGUAGAAAUCUGUUCAUUUUUACAGCAUGGAUCACUCUAGUAUAUUUUAUGUCUCAUUGUUUUGCUCCACCAUGUGUUUGUAAGUGUGCAAAAGCGUCUUGUUGUCUGAUUGCGAUUUUUUUUUUGUUUGUCCAAGUAAAGCAGCAUGGUAACACAUGCCAAUGAAUUCUAACACAUGCCUCUUAGACAAGGAAGCUUAAUUUGGCAAAUUUAUCUGUAAUCAUGGAUAAUUCUGGUCAUCCCCUUUUUAUUGCAUGCUUUAGCAAUCCUCCAUCUAUAUUUUGCAAAUACUCUAAUUUAUCUUCAGAAUAGCAUGUAUUUGUGAAUGAUAUUUGCUAAUUAUCUUGACAAGGAAGUUUUACAUGACCACUUUUGUGAUCUCCUUAUUUGUGUAUCAUACUGCAUGCUUUUGCAAUCCUGUGGCUAAUAAUACGAUGUUUUCUUCAAAAUUGUAUGAAAUUCGAAUGGUGUUUUCUAGUCGUCUUGCUAGCACUAUAUACAGAUUUUUAUUUUAACGAACCAUUCCUUCUGACAAUUUCAGGUCACAACCCCAUUGUUGAAAUUUAUGGCUGAAUUUGUAUUUAAUAAAGCUCAGCGUUUAACUUUUGACUCUUCAUCCCCUAAUGGCAUUCUUCUAUUCCGGGAAGUUAGCAAAUUAAUAGUGGCUUAUGGCACAAGAAUACUAUCUCUUCCCAUUAGCAGUGAUAUCUACGCCAGCAGAUAUAAGGGCAUGUGGAUUUCAUUGACUAUUCUUUCAAAGGGUAAGUUUUAUAGAUCGUAGUAUCCUCUUGCUGGUAUGUGAAAUGAAAUUACUAGAUGUUUAGUUAUGCAAAUCUCCAGUUCCUGCCAUGAUAUUAUAAAUGAUCGUUCUUGUUCAAGAUCGGAUUUUUUAGCAAGGUUGUAGUGCCGCAAGUUGUUUGACCAAGCUGAAAGCAAACCCUUCGUGCACCCAGAGCUAGCUGAUCAAAAUAUAAGAUACCAUUAGUGAAGGGUGAAAUAAAUAUUUUAAUUGAUUAGAUUGAGUAUUGUAGAUUUAAUUAUGUCGUAAAUGAUUCAUGUCAUCAGUAAAAACCUCCUACUCAAUUAGAGUUAUUGGGAAGGCAUUCCUGCUACUUCUUCUUGAAGCAUUUGGCCAAUAAUUUACCCUCUAGUAUUUGAAAAGGAGGAAAUGCGUUGGUAAUGAACCUAUAACAUUAUCUAGAGUGAAACGUAUGCUUUAUUCAGCGAACUAAGCAAUGCACGCAAGUUAUGUUCAACACAAUAGUUAUGUUUAGGUUGGCUGAUGCAGAUUGGGAUCAUCACUAGUUAAUCUGGCUUUUGUGGGGAACUAUAUCCUUAAUUGAAAGUAGGUAACGAAAAAACGAUUUUCAGCUGGUUCUCAGUUAGCUUAAGACCUUUGUAGCAGAAGAGGAGCUGAAGAACAACUCAAACGAGUAGGUGAUGAAGGGUAAAAUAAAGUUUCGAGAAAAGGGACAAGAGUGGACAAAAGGGUGAUAUGUUUUUAAUAAAUUUCGCUACCAUAAACCCUCCAGAAUUGUCAAUAAUACUUUACGAAUCCCUUUAUAAUUAUUUUUUUAUGUCCGCGUUUAUGAAAAUUAUGAAUUUUCUUCCUCAUAACCAUUAUUUUGAUUUACCUUCAGAUAUCAGGUUCUUGAAUUUGUGGGAAACCCUGCCUAAAUAGUAAUAUGAUGUGACAGUUUUGUUCUCUGAGCUGAACGUUUUCUACUUUGGUUUUUUGUUAGUGUAGUAGGAAAAUUACUUUAAGGAAGAAAAUAUUCACCCUUUAAUACUGUUUUUUACAAUCCCCUUAAACAUAUUUUAAUAAUAUUUGUCUUUCGUGGAACAGCACUGGCUGGAAAUUAUGUCAACUUUGGUGUGUUUGAGUUAUACGGGGAUAGAGCCCUUGCCGAUGCUCUUGACAUAGCUCUGAAAAUGGCAUUGUCAAUUCCUCUACCUGACAUAUUGGCGUUUCGAAAGGUGAUAUGAACUAUAUCUUCAAUUUGACAAAGAAUCUUUACGAUAGUUCUGUUCCAUUCAUUUUCUUUGUGUAUACACAAGAAACAAUAAUGAUUGUUCCUCUUCUUUUGUCUAAAGCCGUACAGAUUUGAUACUCUUUUUUCUCUGAAAGGUUAAAUAUUUGUUGGAUAAGUUUCUCUUUUUUCUCUGUUUAUUUUUCUCUUUGAAAGAUUGAUAGCAUAUCAAUAUGCCUGUUUUUUUAACUUCCAAAAUCAAACUGAUUUGCUUUUAUUUUAUUUUAUGAUAUAAUUCAUGAUUCCUCUACAUUUAGCAUGUUGAGAGGUUUUGACCUCUCAACAUACCAGAUGAUAAGUUAAUUGAAUCUAUUUUGCUGAAAAUAUCUAAGUAACGUCUCUUAUUCUGGCCCUCAUGAUUUGGGUGGUCUCUGUUAGUUGUAGGUUAGGCAUAUAGGUUUAUUUUCAAAAAAAUUAUCCUAUGUAAAAAUUUUAGAACAUAAAUAAUGAAAUUUCUGUCUUUGCAUCUGUCAUUUUUAGAAUUUUUAAUUUGUUUCUAUUGCUAUGCGAUGAUCAUUGACAUUUGCCGUCAUGUCUUUGGACUUGGGCUAUCUUGGCUCUGCUUGGUGCGUUAGGGAACUAACCAGUGAAAAAUGAUGUCCGUAAGGAACUACCAAAUGUGGCAUGAGUAUUGGCUUGCAUUUUGGUUCAGCGCAACUUUUUUUCGCUUGGACAAGUAUCCCUACCUUUUUGAUAAUGUUGAAAGCAUUAAAAUCAUUCUUUCCCUACCUUUUAAGAUAUGUAAUGUAUGUUGCUAAGGGAAAGGACAUCUAAUGAUGAUGCAUUCUUAAUGUGAUGUUUUGUUUUUCACCCCUUGAUUUUGGCUGAUUAUUUUCUUUGCCUAUUUUUGUUCAACCUUACGAGAAAUGAGUUUCUUAACAAGAUUUUCUUCUUCUUUUCAGCUUAUGAGAGCCUACUUUGCAUUUAUGGAGGUUCUAUUCAACAAUCAUUUGGUUUUCGUUUUGAAUCUGGAUCAGACUACUUUUAUGCAUAUUGUUGGAUCACUUGAGUCUGGUCUAAAAAGCUUGGACGCUGGUGUCUCAUCCCAGGUAAGUGGCAUGACAUUUGUUUAUUCCUGAUGCGUUUUGUUCUAUAUUUUACUGUGAAAAUUUAAAUUUUCACCAAAAAUUUGGCAAAUAAGAAAAAACAUAUGUAUUUGUGACAACAACCAUAUCAUGAUAUAUCUCACUUUGUUUUUCAGUAAAUUUUCCUGUUAUUUUUCUUCUAAGUUAAACAUAUCCUGGUUGGAAGUUUUCCUUCUAUUGUGUGCUUUUCUGUACAAUGCUCGGUGUAGAAUACUCAGUGUAUCCAUUUAAUUCUCAACAAAUCCAUAGCAGCAGCAACGACACGAGGAAGUCUUCCCCCUCUGUAUAACUGGAAAUUUAUCUUCUUUACAGUGUGCAUCUGCUGUUGACAACCUGGCCACUUACUACUUCAACCACAUAACUGCAGCAGAUUCACCUCCGUCAUCAGCUGCUAUGAACCUUGCUCGACAUAUUGCUGAGUGUCCAAAUCUAUUCCCUGAAGUAUGUUGUCUUACGUCACUUUUGAGUUUAUUCUACAUGGUCAUGAUUCAUCUCUUAAAUUAUUUUCACUCUUCUUUUUAGCUUUGAAAGUGUUUCAUUUAGAUGUGAUUAUCCUCCUGCCUCUGGAGAUUUGGAACUAUGUACGAAAAUUGUUGUGGAUUGCAUUCUAUUCAAGGGCCGGCAAAGAUAAAUUCAUAGAAAAGCUCCAUGUGAUCUUCUCAUAUUUCUCCUUUAGAAAUUUAUGAGAAUAAUAAAUUUUUCCAGUGGACAAGGGCGUUCUUUGUGAGAUUGUAUCUAAAUCCAUUGUUCUUGUCGUAUUCAGAUUGAGAACGCGAACGUUGUGAGAUGCAUUUUUUAACGUACGCUUGAUGCCCGGCUGGAAUGUGGGCGAUUUUAUCUUGAUCAGUAUUGGGGAAAAGAUAGAAUGGGCAAAAAUGGGAGCAAGUAUAGUUCGAGACUUAUAUAACCAAACAAGGCCAAGUAUAAAUUUGAAGCGAGUUUUAUACAGGCGUAGUUUCAGAGUUGAUUGUGAUCUGAUACCAUUUGCCACCAUGGUUUAUCAUUUCUUUCUCUUGUGGCGAUAUCCUCAUUCGUUAGAAAUUCUGAAACUCUCUGGCAUAAUUUGCAAAUGAUUCACAUUUUUCUAACCAGCUAGUGGAUAAUCUCAUGAAGAUAACAGUGUAAGCAAUUUUUUGAUAAAAAUAUGUAUUAACGUCUUUAUGAAUUAGAUCUUUGAUCAGUUAUUGUUGCCAUAAUCCUGAAUUGCAUGUACUCUAAGAUCGAAUUCCUUGAAUAAAGCAUAUCUGGACUAUUCUCUACGGAAAAUCCUGUGCACGACUAUUUCUCCCUUCCGUUAUAAACUAUAACACUGAAUUUGCCUUGUCCGCGCAGAUCUUGAGAACUCUGUUUGAGAUUGUUUUGUUUGAGGACUGUGGCAACCAAUGGAGUCUUAGCAGACCAAUGCUUAGCUUGAUACUCAUCAGCGAACAGGUGCCAGCCGAUAACUUUCUGUUUGUUGCGAUACCAUAAUUUCAAUCGUUUUCUGAAAUUCGUUUCCCAUUACCUUUUAAUAUUUUUUUACAGUCCACUCUGAUAAAAUUGUUCACAUGUCCCUUAGAUGAUUAAAUACCCAUUUCCCAUGCAUAAAAAUACUUUUUUUGCUGCAGUUGUUGUAAGAUCCAGUGUAUAUUUACUAUCUUUGACUGAUAAAAGUAGCAAUAGAAAAUCUCUGAGUAUGAAAAUAAGCAGGCGAGCAGGAAGAAGACAAUGCUGAUAUUUUUGAGGGGGCUUUGAACAUUUGACAUUUUCUGUCGUUCGAAAAUAACUUGCUAAAAUUUGGAAAAGUUUCAAAGCUAAAAGGCUCCCAUCAACUAAUAACUGGAGGAUUUAUCAAGUAGGAGACUACGUCUUUCCUCACUCACUGUUUAUCGUGAAAAUUAAAAACUCCGAAUAAGAAGUCCUAUUGUUAUCCGUAGCUAUUCAAGAAGUCUUUCUUGUCCUUCUCCUUGCACCGUGUACAAUUCUUGCACCGUAUAUAUAUAUAUAUAUAUAUAUAUAUAUAUAUAUAUAUAUAUCUAUUUAUUUAUUUUAUUUUUCUUACAGUUCUGUUAAAAGAAAUUAUGAACUAUGAUUUUAUGCAUUAAAUCUCGUUUGCUUAAUCCUGUAGGUCUCCUUCAUUUACUUCACCUGAAAGCCUUAGAUUUCUUAUAGAAAAUCCUCUUGUCGGCUGGACACUAGCUGUUUCGUUCUGCAUUCUAGUUCGUCACGAUUUCAGCGUCCCCACUGACGAUGUAACCCUCAUGAUAAAAUCAAAAUAAGAUAAAAAAUCAUAAGAAUAAAAAUAAGCGCCUCAUGUGAAAGCAUUAUAGGAGUUAGAUGAACUCUGGGGUCGAUUUUCUAUAGGCAUCAACUCUUGGAGAGUGUAGAAAUUGCGUUAGAUCUUCUCACGUUGUCUCUGCCUCACUGUGAACCGUCCCCUUCAUUAAAAUAAAAAAAAAAGGAAGAAAAAAACUCUACCUGUGCAACUCUGGCCAAUAAUGAUAUGAAAUGUCCCCUGAAAACUGAAUCUGACCCAGCAUUUAUUUUUUUGAGAGCUCAAUUAAAUAGGUGACCUAACAGUUUCUUUUCUUGCAGAUAUUUAGUGAUCUGAAGGUUCAGAUUUUAGCAUCACAGGUUAGUUCAUGUUCGUCUUUCUAUUUUCCGUGCCUCCUUUCCACCAUCACACCUGUUGGUUGACCGUAUCAUUCUAUGGCGAUUAGCACCGUGGAAGUCAUGGUGUACACUGAUGCUACCGCAGACUCUCUCGCGUCUGAGCAUCCGUCCAUAUUUCCAUUUCAAUGAAUGACCAUUUAUAUCAAACCCAUGCGUCGAUCAUCUCGUAUCCUCGAUAAUGCCUCUCUCUUUGGUAACUUGCCCAACGCAGCCGCCGGAUCAGCAGCAACGCCUCUCAGUCACCUUCGACAAGCUCAUGUCUGACGUCAGCCGCAGCCUGGAGUCCAAAAACAGGGACAAGUUCACCCAAAAUCUUACCAUAUUUAGACACGAAUUCCGCACCAAGUAG